AUGCGGUCCGUCCGCAGCCGGCUCUUCGGCGACAUCUCCCUGUCCACGGCCAUCACCGCUGCACUCGGUUUCGCUGCCACCGCGGCCGGCGCUACGACGUCAACCUCUGGCGUUUUUGAUGCCCAUCCGGCACCAGCAGCAACCACCGCCGCACCUGAUGGCAACGGCAACGGCGGUACCGGAUUUUCGGGCGGCAACGGCGGUUCUGGUUCUGGCGGUUCUGGUUCCGGCGGCACUCCCGCAAACUCCGUCAUCGUAUUCACCCCCGGCGACUUUUACGACUACGACCCCUCACAGCCCAACGACGCCGUCUUUAUUGCCAACAGCGCCCAGCCCAGCAAAACGUUUACCUUCACUGUGGCCUCGACUGCCUACAAUGUGACCGGCGCCAAGCUGCGGGAUACUGUGAAAGGCACCGUCGCCACGGCAUCCCCUAACGGAGCCGAAGGUCAAGGCAUUGGUGGGGAGACCGUUGUCAUUACGUUGAGUGUCCAACCCACCGGCACCGGAACCCAGACGGGCACGGUCACGCUUGUCGACUCGGGCACGCUCUUUGACAACCAUCUUGAUGGCUCACCUUUGUUUUUCGAAAUCACUUGGACCCAGGAGGGCGGCGUCGAAGGCUCGUCCUUUAGCCGCACCUUUACUUAUGUCAGCUCCACGGCCAUCAUCAGCACUGUCCUGCCCUACUACACCAACACCAACCCCAUCUUUGUCGAGUCGCGCAUUGGAGGCUCGCAGACAGCAGCCGUUGCCAAGACGGUUACUUCCACGACAUCCCAACCUACGGCCACGAAUGGCAAUGGCUCGAUGAGCGGACCCACUCUCGGCGGUGGCAGCACCAGCACCGGCUCCGGCAUAAGCAAGGGUGCCAUUGCCGGUAUUGUUGUGGGCGCUGUCGCUGCCAUUGCCAUUAUUGCCGCCCUCGUCUUCUUCUUCCUGCGCCGCCACAGCCGUAACCGCAACCGCGCCGCCAACCAGGCGUACAACUCGGCUCUUCUCUCCGGCUCCGUCGAGCCUUACCGCGGCGCUGGUCCUGGCCCGGAUCUCGGCGGCCCUGGCCCCAAUAUGCAUCCCACCACGAUGCACGACGGUAUGGGCUCGGGCACGGCCAUCAACCUGAUGGAGAAGGACGCAGUCGUGGCCGGUGCUGCUGGUGUUGGAGCAGCUGGCGUGGCUGGCCGCUUUGCUGGGCCCGAUACACCCAACAGCCCGCACAGCCCGUAUACCGACGACGACAACAGCACACCGCAGAUCAUUCCCACCCGGCCUGUCCCAACGUCGUCGUCCGCAGGCGCGUCCGCUGCAGCAUCACCGACCGUACGGGCAGCGCAAAACGCCACGCCAGCCGUAUCUCCUGUGGCUGCGUCUGCACAACCAGUAACACCGGUCGCGCCAGUCGGUGCAGGGGCGGGUGCAGGUGCAGAUGCAGGUACAAGCUCGGCAACGGCUGCACAGCCUGCGUUGCGUGGCCAAGUGGCAGCUCUGAUUGAGGACCACAUGACGCCCGAGGAUGUGGCCCGCCUCGAGGCGGAAGAACGCGAGCUCGACGCGGAUAUCGAGAACGCUAUCCGCAACCGGGCGGCUGCGUCAAGUCGGUAA